CACCUACUUACCCCGUACCUCCAAAUUACCUAGUGCCAAUACCUAUCUACAUACCUAGCACCCAUCAUCAAUCCACCAUGACCGACCAACCCACCCUCACAGCAGCCCAACAAUCCGUCCACAACACGCUCGCCAAAUACCCCGGCGAGAAAUACGUCGACGGCUGGGCCGAAGUCUGGAACGCGAACCCCACUCCUCCUUGGGACAAGGGCGCCCCGAAUCCAGCUUUAGAAGAUACCCUGACGCAGCGUCAAGGUACAAUUGGCAAUGCCAUCGCCACGGACGCGCAGGGGAAGAAGUACCGCAAGAAAGCGCUAGUCCCGGGCUGUGGGAGGGGAGUAGAUGUGCUUCUGCUGGCGAGUUUCGGGUAUGAUGCGUAUGGGUUGGAGUAUAGUGCUGCGGCGGUUGAGGCGUGUAGGCGGGAGGAGAAGGAAAGUACUACUAGUGCUAAGUAUCCCGUUAGAGAUGAGGAGGUUGGUAGGGGAAAGGUGGUGUUCGUGCAGGGAGAUUUCUUCAAGGAUGAUUGGUUGGAGAGGUUGGGACUGGGGUUGAAUUCCUUUGAUUUGAUUUAUGAUUAUACGUUCUUUUGCGCGUUGAGCCCGUCCAUGCGACCUAACUGGGCGCUCCGGCAUAAUCAGCUAUUAGCACCUUCGCCACAUGGGAACUUGAUCUGCUUGGAAUACCCAAGGCACAAGGACCCAUCGCUCCCGGGCCCUCCGUUUGGUCUUUCCUCGGAGGCUUACAUGGAGCAUCUCAGCCACCCGGGAGAGCAGGUCUCUUAUGACGCCCAGGGUCGAUGCAGAGGAGACCCUCUCCGUGAGCCAAGCGAGCGAGGACUGGAACGUGUGGCUUAUUGGCAGCCUGCCCGAACACAUGAGGUGGGCAAGGAUGCCAAUGGGGAGGUUCAAGACCGAGUAUCGAUCUGGCGCCGCCGGUAAGGCCAUAUCCGCGGUAGAUAGAGUAUCGCCGGGAUGGGAGUC